AUGGCUGAGGACGCGGACAUGCGCAAUGAGCUGGAGGAGAUGCAGCGGAGAGCUGACCAGCUUGCCGAUGAGUCUCUGGAAAGCACCCGUCGUAUGCUACAACUGGUUGAAGAGAGUAAAGAUGCUGGUAUCAGGACUUUGGUUAUGUUGGAUGAACAAGGAGAACAACUGGAACGCAUUGAGGAAGGGAUGGACCAAAUCAAUAAGGACAUGAAAGAAGCAGAAAAGAAUUUGACGGAUCUAGGAAAAUUCUGCGGGCUUUGUGUGUGUCCCUGUAACAAGCUUAAAUCAAGUGAUGCUUACAAAAAAGCCUGGGGCAAUAAUCAGGAUGGAGUUGUGGCCAGCCAGCCUGCUCGCGUGGUUGACGAACGGGAGCAGAUGGCCAUCAGUGGUGGCUUCAUCCGCAGGGUAACAAAUGAUGCCCGAGAAAAUGAAAUGGAUGAAAACCUGGAGCAGGUGAGCGGCAUCAUUGGAAACCUCCGUCACAUGGCCCUGGAUAUGGGCAAUGAGAUUGAUACACAGAACCGCCAGAUCGACAGGAUCAUGGAGAAGGCUGAUUCCAACAAAACCAGAAUUGAUGAGGCCAACCAACGUGCAACAAAGAUGCUGGGGAGUGGUUAA